UCUAUAUUAUAUUCUAUUAUAUGAAUCAUAAUACUAUGGAUUCAAAUCGAACUGAACCUGUUACAACAACAAUAUCAUCAUCAUCGAACAAUGAACGACAAGGCUAUCAAUCAAUAACAUUACGUUCAAAUGAUUCUAAACGUUAUUCUUAUUUAUCUAUAUUUCCACCAAAAACAUCAGUAAUAACACCUGGUGUCUAUGAUCAUUUAUUAUUAGCUAAUGUACCAAGUUAG